AUGAGCCACCAAAACAACCCCGGGUCUAUUAAUGACCCGGCUUUGGACUCUGCUACACUCCCAUACAUCCACAGUCUUUUUACAUCUAUGGCCUCGUCUUCCGUAAAUAUCGUGGUUGGCUCUCCAUUAUCAAACUAUGAAACAGAAAUUCCAUUGGCUUUGUUUGAGCACGGAUAUACUUCUAAAAAUCAAUCGAUUCUUGUUAGUAACCCACGCGAAGAUUGUGUGAAAACUACUGCCGCACGGGCUGUACGCAGUUAUUUAAGUAGCUCAAAUGGUCAAUCGUCCUACACGUCGCCAGGCUUAGGCCACUUGGUAGGCUUUUCUCUUCCAUUUCUUUCGGCUACCAGCACUGCAACUCGUAUUGAAUAUGUGUCUUCUGAUAUCAUGAUGCAAGAAACCACAAUCGACCCAUUACUUUCAAACAGAAGAGUCCUGGUAGUUGACGGUAUUCAUUUAAGAGAAACAUGGACAGAUGUAGCUCUAGGAUUACUGCAAAGCAUUAUUCAUUAUCGGCAAAAAAACAUAGUUAAACGAGAACAUAAUUUAUCCGAUUUUAAUCUUAUUCUUUGCAUAUCACCCACCUGUCCACAAUUGAUUGACAUUCUGUGGGAAUUUUUCACAAUUAAUGGAUCGCAAAAACCUUCAAUUACUAUUCUAAACGAUUUAACUUUAAGUGUCCUGCCAUCUGAAGUCUACCACCUUAAUACGCCUAUAUCAAAUUAUUUGGACAAGUGCUUAGACGUCUUAUUGACUGUUUUUUCCCAAGACUAUUUUUCAUUAAACAAAAAGGCUGAUUUUCAAGAAACUGGCCGUGAUAUUAUUGUAUUUGUUCCCACUCGACGUGAUGUUAAAAAUUUAGUAAGGCUAGCAUCUAACGAACUUCCACAUCGACUACGAGAAAACUUAUCCCUCCACCAUUCUAAUGUUAUAGUUUUGCCUUGUCAUGAAAAGCUUAGUGUCUCCGAAAAGCAGGAUCUUUACAACACUGAAUACUUUUCUGAUAACGAGAAUAAUACCAUUACUUGGCGCGUUAUUGUUGCAACAAACUCAGCUGAAAAUGACUAUGCCUUAUUGGCUUCUCGCAGAAUCACCUGCGUUAUAGACACCGGGUUAGACUCUGUCGACAUUUCUAGCUCAGGUGCAGCGAUUCGCACAAGACCAAUAUCUAAAUCAAAGGCCGAAAUACGAAGAAGUAUGGCAGGCUCUGGAAUUAAAGGCAUUGGAAAGUGUUUUAGACUAUAUCGCAAAGAAUACUUUACCCAAAUUAUGCCUUUAAAUGAUGACCCACAACUCAUGACUCUCAUGUCUGUAACAGGAGCUUCAAGUUCGGCAACAGAUAUAAAUGGACUUUUAGAAACAGUUAUAUUAAGGCUAUUCUCUCUUCAAAUCAAAAGCUUAACCACCGAAGUAAAUUUUAUUCCACCAAUAACGCUAUCUUCCAAUCUCUUACAAAGCUAUUCCUCUACAAGCAAUAUCUCACACAAAGAUUCGGUUUCUAAAGGUAUCGACAAAUCUCUUUUAAAUCUAUUUUAUGCUGGAUGCAUAGAUUCUAAAUCUAGACUCACAAACAUCGGACAAUUAGUGGCGCAAUUUGGAUCUGUGCCUAUUUCCUUUGCGAGAGCAAUCAUUGCAUCUUCUGGAAUCGAUGAUCUCGAUGAUUUGUGUGGAGGAUGUUUGUAUGAAAUGGUAACAAUCACAGCAAUCUACCUAGCUGGAGGUCUCACUAAAACAUUUGUUGAACCUUCCUCUUCUUCUUUUGCAUCAGAUUCUGUUUCUCAAUCAAGUGCCGCUGCAGCUGCACGUUUAGAGUUUCAAGCUAUAGAGGGGGACGCUAUUACCUUAUUAAAUGUAUUUGAAGCGUACUUACAACGGGCGCAUCCCCCAAAUCUGGGUAAAAAUAGCAAUCUGCCUAAUGUUCCUCGUUGGGCAGCCGAUAAAUUUCUCAACUACCAAACUCUUUUACGAGCAGAAGGAAUCCGCACUCAGCUGGUCUCCGAUGCCGAGCGAAUUGGUCUCACUAAAUCUAAUAUUUUGGCAAAAAAUAAGAACCAAUUGCCCCUUGUGGAAAAAAUAUGUCGGUCUCUGUGUAAAGGGUUUUUCAUGAACGCCGCAAAAAGAACAUAUGUCAGCACAGAUGUCGAUCUGGAAAACAUCACUAACCAGAGCAGACGCCGUAAUGAUUCGGGUAUUCGAUACGAGCUUAUUAACGCAUCAUCUACGAUCCUAGGAAAUCAAGCCAAAAACGGGGGUGGAGAAGAUACUAUAUCUGUCAGAGCACAUGGUUUAAGUGUUGGAAGUAUGUCUGAGUUUGCACAGCGUGCAGAUACACGGCAACUUUUUGGACAUCUAGAUUCACCAGAAUCAGAAUUUGGCUGCCCUUGGGUUGUAUACACUGGCAUGUCUGAAUAUGGUCAGGGAGAAUGGUACCUUGAAAGCAUCAUACCCGUACGCCGAGAAUGGCUUGUUAAUUCUAGGUAUUAUAAAGAAGUUCGGCCUACUUGA